AUGAGGUGGUGGCCAUUUAGCGAUAAAGAAAAUAGCCGAUCACUAGAUGAAGCGCGAACGCCAAAGACUGCGAAUAUAGGGCCGAUGGCCUCUAAUUAUUCGAAAGGGCAGAAGAUACUAUUGGAGGAUACAGAUCCACGUUUCGACAGUGAGACGUCACAGAGGCAAAUGGCACAUUCACAAGAGGAAGCAAACCUUAAGAAAGCGUUAGAUUCCAUCAAGGUUGAGGAUUUCUCGUUUGCAAAACUGUCGAUGAUACCAUGUUUCAGAGACGCAGGGUUGAUAGGCUUCACCAGUAUGUUUGUCUCAGGGACAGUCACAUUUUUAUAUCACAAGAAUCCCCUUCGUUCAGCCAAUUGGUCAGUUGCAGGAUUAUUGUUGGGAUCGGUUGUGGGAUGGGAGCAGUGCCGGUUGAAACGAAAGCGCAGUUUUCAGGUUGGCCAGAUGGCUAGAGACACAAUCGCCUCGAAGAAGAGACCAAUGCUCAAUUCAGUCAAACACGAAGAAAAACUGGUCCAGCAGUGGGAAGGGCAUAAGAAUGGCGAGAGACUCGUAGAAGCCGUAUCGGAGAAGAAAAGUCCGUGGUACAAAUUUUGGUGA